GAUGGGAGGAGGUGCAGUUCAGCACUGGAGAUGUUGGGAGGUAGUGUAUCUUUAUUCCUGAAGUGGGAUAGAGAUUCAGGCGGAGAAAGAAGCAGAUGUGCUGAGACAGAUAACUACACACUCACAUGCACUAGAAACAAGUUAUGUCCUUCUGCAUAUUGCAAAGUUGACUAGAAAAUGACCAUGAUCAGACAAAUAAUUUUGGAUAUUAAAUUAGCCUCUUCUCAAACCAGCAUUUACAGCAUCCUUCAUCCACAGUGAGGGGCUGAGAAUGAGCAACCUGUUGACCACAUCAUCUGCUACUAUGCUUUCAACCUACAGACAGGCAAAGCUGUGGUGCUGAAAUGGCCAGCACCCAGCAGACCUGGCAUCUCAAUGACUCCUCGAAGAGCCAUGGUGGGGGAACCAACUUCCCGGUCAACUUUGCCUUCUCUUGGACAGUAUUUCUGGCUGUACUUAUGGGAGUCUUGAUAGUGACCACUGUACUGGGCAAUGCAUUGGUCAUGCUAGCUUUUGUGGUGGACUCCAGCCUGAGGACACAGAAUAACUAUUUCCUGCUAAAUCUGGCCAUCUCUGACUUUCUAGUAGGAGCCCUGUGUAUCCCUCUCUAUGUGCCAUAUGUGCUGACAGGAAGAUGGAGCUUCGGCAGAAGUGUUUGCAAACUGUGGCUGGUUCUUGACUAUUUACUGUGCACCUCAUCAGUGUUUAAUAUUGUUCUCAUCAGCUAUGACAGAUUUAUCUCGGUGACUAGAGCUGUAAGCUACAGGGCACAGCAAACUAACAGCAGGCAUGCAGUGCUAAAAAUGUCCAUGGUUUGGCUUUUGGCCUUCCUACUUUAUGGACCAGCAAUUAUCACAUGGGAGUAUAUUGCAGGCAAAACCAUCAUUCCUGAUGAAGAAUGCUUUGCGGAAUUCUUCUACAACUGGUAUUUCCUGAUCACUGCUUCUACUAUAGAAUUCUUCACACCUUUUAUCAGUGUUACUUUCUUUAAUGUCUGUAUCUACCUAAACAUUCAGAAGAGGACAAGGGCCAGACUGGACCUUUUGCAAGAGGUUCACAGCCAAAGCACUAUCGACAGUCCGAAGGCAAUAGCAGAACCUGCCAGAUCUAACUCUAUGAAAUGUUGGAAAUCAACACAUAAGGUGUCAAAAGCGGAAGAUGCUGAGAAAGUCACCUUGAAAUCAUCAGAGGCUGAGAUACUGGAAAGAGUUAAGAGAGUUAAAAGAGCCUCUUUAAAUGGGAGCUCAGUGACUGUGCUGGGGAAACCCAGAAGAAGCUUUACAGAGUCUGGUUCCACUCCAUCCAUGGAAAAACGUAUGAGGAUGGUCUCUCAAGGAAUCGCUCAACGCUUCAGGUUAUCAAGAGACAAAAAAAUAGCAAAGUCUUUAGCAGUGAUUGUCUGUGUAUUUGGGCUAUGCUGGGCUCCUUACACAUUACUCAUGAUUAUAAGGGCGGCCUGUAGGGGGCACUGUAUACCAGAGUACUGGUAUGAGGUCUCAUUUUGGCUGCUGUGGAUAAACUCAGCCGUGAACCCCAUCUUGUAUCCCCUUUGUCACCACAGCUUUAAGAGGGCAUUCAAGAAGAUUUUGUGUCCACAAAAGCUAAAAAUCAAGCCUCAUAGCAAAUUCCAACAUUGCUGGAAAUGAGUGAAACCAGGAUAUCUGCUUCCUAUAGUAAUGACAUGACGAAAAAUUAAAUGUUAAGUGAUAUCAAGGAAAAUUUUAUGGAUGAGGUAGGUUUUGAUUAAUUAUACAAGAUUCAGGGGUCUGAAUCCAUACAUUGGUCGAAAUAAAUCAAGGAGAAACAAUCAUGAAGCUUUGUAUUCAUUGACCAAGCGUGGAAAUGUCCUUCAAUGUUAAAGUGUAAGGAAUGUCUUGUUCCAGUUAUUACUUGUGUUGUCACCUGCUCUCACUAGAAGGAACGUCUCUAGUUGUAUCUUAUAACGAAAAAUAUAAUUUCUGUAUACCUUGCACACUUAAUUUUUGAAUUUGUAUCUAAAAUGGCCUCCUGCAUAUACAUUAAUCAAAGAUCAGACCCACUGCUAAAUUGUUGGUUCCUUUACUGUAGCAGAUUAUUUAGAGAUCAUGUACAGAACACAAAGGACUAACUUCAUUAUCUUGAAAAAAGUUUGGAAGAAUCCCUAAUGUAACAUCUGCCUCCUAAAGCUGGGUACACAUGUCGAUCUGACAGUAUUCUGGAUCAGCAAGUACAUAUACACUUGCUGAUACAGUGGGGUGAAAGAGCAACAUGGGAAGUCAGGCUGUAUUUCGCAGCAUGGCACUGAGAGAAAAUGUCUUCUGUCGGCCCUGCAGCAGGGCCGACCACAAAACGUCUUAUGAUGGCAGGGGAGCGCAUACACACUGCCCGAUAUGAACAAUAUGCCGGUCCGAUCCCCCAAGUUUGUACCUAGCUUUAGAAAUAAAGAAAACAUUUUGCUGGUCUGUUUAAAAAAAAACAGCAGCUUAACUUAAUCAAUCUCCACUUCUUCGUAUACAUCAGUACAGAAUGGCCUGCCUGAGUCCAAAAAAAAGCUUUGACAAUUCUCCAUGUUGUGUUUAAUGCUGAAAGUUCUGAGUGUCAUGUUUGUGCAUGUGACUGUCAGAAGCACACAUCUCGGUAAGCAGUUAAGAUAUGUUGUAAAAAACAAACAAACAAACAAACAACUGGAAUCUUUUGUGAUGUGUCAUUUGUUUCAGCUGUCUAUAAAACAAUAAAAGAUUUUCUUACACUAAAA